AUGUCAGCCGUCAUUCAAUCUCUCUCACGUGCCGAACAAGUCACUCUUCGUCAUUUCAAGGAAAUGACAAAUGCCACCGACAACGUCGCCUCGAUUUCACUUCUCCGCGAAUGCAGCUGGGAUCUGGAUUCCGCGUGCGAGAAGUUCUGUAUGAACAUCUCAUCCUCUCCGGAACCAGUUUCAGAGGAUUCAGAAGACGAAGAGGAGUACCAGGAUGAGGAUUUGAUCGAUAUCAGUGAUUGCGAUCAUGUCCGCACAAGCCCCGCCCCCUCAGCUGGAAAACUGUUCCCUCAAGAAUAUGAAAAUGUGGAGGAAGCGUUGAGAUUCUUUGUGGAAAAGUACACGCAAAAAUAUUGUACCCAAGGAAAUGUCCCCCCAUUUUUCAUGGAAAACUUGAAUAAUGCAAUGGAUUUGGCUAGAAGAGUCAACAAACCAAUCGCUCUUUUCUUGACGAACACAAAGAGCGUGGGAAUGAACAUCUUCUGCGAUCAAGUCAUGGGAAACCGGAGUGUUCUGGACACGUUGAGAGCAAAUUAUGUGCUUUUUCCGUUUGAUGUCACUGAGAGCCACCACCUCGCCCGCCUCAUCACCGACCUCCAAUCCGACAACCUCCACGACAUCAUCUCAAUCAUCUCCGACUUAACCAUCUCCCUCCCCGAAUCCUUCCCACUUCUCAUCUCACUCACUCGUCACAACGGAAAAUUCGAAAUGACCAAUUACUGUCAGUCGAGUGAUUCCUCGGAUUCUACACUAGCCAAGUUGUACGGAGCCAUCGAAGAGCAUAGAAUUGCUAAUCGUGAUCAAGAGGAGAUUCUCAGAGAGAGAAGAGAACGGGAGGAGAUCCGUCGUCUUCAGGAGAAAGAGUAUCAAGAGUCACUCGCAGCAGAUAUCGCCAAAAUGGAGAAGCGUAAGCAGGAGGAGGAAGCGAAGCGUCAAGAAGAGGCCAGACGUCAACAUGCCAUGGAAGAGGAAUCACGUCGUAUGGCCGAGGAAUCUCAACGUCAGAAGUCUCUAGAAGCCACUCUCCCAACCGAACCAUCUUCUCAAGACCCAAACAUCCUCCACGUGAAAUUCCGUCUUCCAGAAGGAAAGCAACUUCUCCGCCGAUUCCGUCAAGCGGAGACAAUCCAAGUGUUGGUAAACUAUCUGUCCAGUCAAGGCUUCCCUGCUGACAAAUUUAAGUUCUUCAACUCGGAUUUCCCAAAGAAGAAUGUCAUGGAGAAGUUCAACAUGGAGAAUAGCUUCGGAGAUGCAAAAUGGCCAGUUAGAGAGCAGAUUUUUGUGGAGGAGAUUUAA